AUGUACAAACCAGAUUCAGUGAGUCAAGUGAACGGACACAGUGUGGGUGUGUGUGCGGAGAAGAGAAUAAUCAAAGGAGGAAAGACCAAAAAACCAAGAGGUUGGAAGCAGUUCUUGACCAAUGAUGAGAACAAGAAACAGCUCAUUGAACUUCUACUUGAUGUGUGGAGUGAGCAUGACAUGGCAAAGAGGCUACAUGGAAGGAAGGUGAUCUUCAUUAAGGAAGGAGAGGCCACACUUCUUACUUCUCAGAAUGGGAAAGAGACACUACAGUCUGAGAUUCAAUCCCUGGAUAUAAAUGACAAUUCACCAGUAUUUGCUAAGUCUGUCUACUAUGCCUCUGUAAUGGAGAACACAUUAGGAGCCUUUGUGGCACUGGUUAGAGCCAGGGACAAUGAUGCUACAGAAAUCAACAACCGGGUGAUAUACCAAAUUGAAAACGGCAGCAGAGGAGCCUUCUUAAUAAGAACGAUCUUAAUCAAUAAUACUGACCCUAAACAAUACGCUGGAAAUAUUACCGUUGAUCCAACAUUUGCACUGGACUACGACAAAGGACCGAAAAUUUACAUUUUAGGGAUCAUUGCCUCGGAUUUGGGAGUACCACCCAAAUCAGCCUAUACAAAUGUCCAUGUGACUGUAUUGGAUAUGAAUGAUGAACCUCCUGUGCUGGAUCAAAUUUCAAUGAGGGACCUGGAUGUCAUGGAAAAUUAUACCACGGUUGGAAUAGUGAGAAACAUUAUUGCCAGUGAUGUUGAUACCAAUCACUCACUGAUUUAUCGAGUGGUUUCAGUGGGUUGUAAGAAACGCAAUAUCGCUGAUAAGUUACCCGAUCCGCCAUGCCAGUAUUGGUUUGGGCUCUAUAACAAUGGCUCACUCUAUGUCAACAAAUCUUCAGUUAUUGAUUACGAGGAAUAUGAUGAAGUGCUCAUUACAAUUCGUGUUAUUGACCUUUACACUGAAAAGAAUAAUCAAUAUACUGAUGGUACACUUACCAUCAAAAUUGUGGAUGCGAAUGACAACCCACCUGUGUUUCUUGCCUUUAAAAGCAAGUCUGUUAUCGUGGCCGAAUUAGCAACAAUUUCUGCUGAAGUAACAACAGUUCAGGCAGCUGACAAUGAUACUGGAAAAAAUGGCGAAAUUAAUUUUGUUGUAACCCACGUUCUAUUCAUUUAUUCGGAUGGCCGACCAAGCAUUGUAUUGCCAGAUGUAUUUGAAGCAUCGAGAGCGACCCUCAUUGGUGAUGAAUACACAGCAACUAUCAGAAUUAAAUCCUCACUGGACAAAACAUUAAAGGGUCAAUAUAAUGUAACCAUAAAAGCAAAGGAUAAAGGAGAUCCCAGCUUAGAUGCAACAAAUUACUUAGAUUUAAUUACAGUGGACGAGACUUUCAAGGCACGAUUAGAAUUUCAGGUGACAACUGAGGAAGUUCAAAGAGAUUUGAAUAAAAUAGCCUUUAUUCUUCGCAAAGCUACACGGUCAGAUCCACGUGUGGUAAGCAUAACGGGUGUUGGCAAUGGACGCGUUCAAUCAUUAACCAGAAAUGUAGCCAGAUCCAUUAUGGAGGUUUACUUCAUAUAUGACAACGGAACAGCUAUAGCACCCAACAACCUUAACGGCAUUCUCCAACAUGAUCCAGAGUCUGUAAAUGAAUUGAUAGAGUUUGGUCUUCUGAAUAUUAAAGAAACAACCAAACCCAUUAAUGGUGAAAGUCUACUCAUUGUUAUCAUUGGCGGAUUGGUAGCAGGUUUCGUUAUUGUGUUAGCCAUCAUGAUAACCCUUCUGUUCUGUGUUCGCAAAAGUUACAAAAGAAAAAUAAAAUCAGCAACUGCAAUGAACACAGCUAAAACGAUUUCCUUUGAUGCACUACAGAGUGGACCUGUAGUUCCUGGCACAAAUAAAUACACCAUGGAAGGUGCAAAUCCAGUUUGGAACACCAAUUUUGACACUUCAACAGGCCUCAAUUUUGAAUACAUUACUUCAGAUCAAGCAAGCAUUAAUUCACUAGAUGUGAAUGUGGUAGAUAUGAUGAUAGAAAAACCUAAAGUGAAACCAAAUGCAUCAAUGAUGACUGAGAAGACAAUGGGCAUUCACUCAAAUGAAAAUGCCGGACCUUUGAACUUCGCACCAGAUAUAGAGAAAGAAAGAGAUGGUUGGAAAAGAGGAGUUGACAAUCUCACCACCUUGAGCACUGAUAUUUGAGCAUCAGAUCAGGGGAUUUUUGUCUCUAGCAUUUGUUAUAUUUUGAAAUUUGCACAUAAAAUCUAUUAUCAAAAGAAAUGUGUUGAUAAUAGUUAGUGUUGCCUUUGUCAAAUGGAAAGAGCUUUCUCAGGUAAUGCGGUUUUGUGAAAAUCAUUAACAUGUCAUUCUCACACAUGUAUUUGUUAUAUUUGUCUUGACAUAAUUUUAUUAAUAAAUUAGCAUGUUUAUCUAAUGUUAUUAAUUCCCUCAAUGCCCAGUAAACAAUUGAGAUUGUGGUUAAAUUGUAAGAUAGCAGCAUUUCAUUAAUGAGGCCUAAUAAUAGGACAUCGUUACAACCAUUGUGAUUAAUUAAGAAGGACCUUAAUCAUCAUCUGUUCUUCUUGUGGCGAUAAAAUCUGUAGUUCGUUUUCUGGUGUUCAUUCUGGUUUAUCUACAUACACAUGCUUGAUCAAAUCACUGCCGCCCAUAUUCAGUCUGGCUCCAAGUCUUGGUCACUCAUUAUAUCAAUACUUGUUAACAGUCAUUUCUAACAUAUUACUAUAGGGAAAAUUCUUAGCAGUUUGAGUGAAAAAUGCAAGAGCAUUUGGUUGUGCAAUGUUUUCAAAUAGAGCAAAUAUAAAAUAUCAAGUCUUAAAAUCAAAGUCCGUAAAGUUUUGUCACAGAAGGAAAGAUGAAUAUAGUUGAUUAUAUUGUAAUUUAAAAAUAUUUUGUGUAUGAUACCCUACUUUUUACCCAAAGUAAUAAAUCAUGUUUUA